CGGAGCCGGCGGCGGCGGCUGCGGCAGCCGCGAGCCGGGCGGCGCGGGGGCGGCCGAGGUGAGGCGAGGAGAAGAAGCCAGGCGAGCGCCGGGCGGCAUGGAUUACCCCGAGCCGCAGGGCGCCUGGGACCUGCCCGGGGAAGGCGGCGGCGGCGGCUGCUACGGGCGGCCGGCCCGCGGCGAGGAGGAGGAAGAGGAGGAGGAGGCGGCGGCGGAGAGCCGCGGCGUGGAGCAUCCCCUGGCCCGCCCGCCCCGCCGCCACCACCACCACCGCCAGCAGCAGCAACAGCAGCAGCGGCCGCUCCGCGCCGCGCUCUCCACCUCGUCCUCCGAGGGGGAGCCGGAGGCCGCCCCGCCGCGGCAGCUCAGCCUGAGCGACUCGGCCGGCGGCGGCGAGUUCGACUCGGCCGAGUCCGGCGCCUCGCUGCGCUACUCCACGGGCACCGGCGGCGAGGGCAGCGAGGGAGCGGGGCUGGCGAGCAGCGAGAGCGGCGGCAGCGGCUUCUCCCUGGCCGCCUCGGCGCUGCCCGAGAGGAAGCGGCCGCGCUCGGCGGCGGGCGGCGGGCGGCCCCGCUACGAGGUGGUGCGGGAGCUGGGCGCCGAGGAGGUGCGCUGGUUCUACCGGGAGGACCGCAAGACGUGGAAGCCCUUCAUCGGCUACGACUCGCUGCGGAUCGAGCUGGCCUUCCGCGCCCUCGGCCCCGAGCCGCGGGAGGGCGAGGCGGUGGAGCCGGUGUGUGUGCGGAGCGGGCUGUACGAGGUGGACGUGGCCAACGCCGAGUGCUACCCCGUCUACUGGAACCGUGAGGCGCUGCGUGCCCCCGUAGGCAGCUGGCCAGCGUGGCUCUGCUGCGCUGCUGCCUGGUGCUCUCUGCCUGGUUCUCUGCUGCGCCCAGGCCCGAGAAGACGGCAAGAAACAGAAAAGAUUCCUGUAAUGCGUGGACAAUGGUUUAUUGACGGUACGUGGCAGCCUCUGGAAGAGGAGGAAAGUAACCUAAUAGAGCAGGAGCAUCUCAACCGCUUCAGAGGCCAGCAGCUGCAGGAGAGCUUUGAUAUGGAAGUAUCAAAACCUGUUGAUGGAAAGGAAGUUCUCUACUACCUCCCUCCCUUCUCCCUCCCUUCUUUGUUCAAAUGGAGAGGAUAUAAGGAGAAUUCAGAUGCUGCAUGUCUUAAGCGAAAGCGUUCCCAAGCUAUUCAUAGUCUAAAGUUGAGUCGCAACCAUGUGGACUGGCACAGUGUGGAUGAAGUGUAUCUUUACAGUGAUGCAACAACAUCUAAAAUUGCAAGAACUGUUACACAAAAGUUGGGGUUUUCCAAAGCUUCAAGUAGUGGGACAAGGCUACAUAGAGGCUAUGUAGAAGAAGCUACAUUAGAAGACAAGCCACCACAAACUAGUCACAUUGUGUUUGUUGUGCAUGGUAUUGGGCAGAAAAUGGACCAAGGAAGGAUCAUCAAAAAUACAGCUAUGAUGCGAGAUACUGCAAGAAAAAUAGAAGAGAAGUAUUUUUCCAAUCUUGCAACCCAUGUUGAAUUUCUUCCGGUUGAAUGGAGGUCAAAACUUACCCUGGAUGGAGACACUGUGGACUCCAUUACUCCGGAUAAAGUACGAGGUUUAAGGGACAUGCUGAACAGCAGUGCGAUGGAUAUCAUGUACUACACAAGUCCUCUUUAUAGGGAUGAACUUGUCAAGGGGCUGCAGCAGGAGCUGAACCGGCUCUACACGCUUUUCUGCUCUCGGAAUCCAGAGUUUGAGGAGAAAGGAGGGAAAGUCUCAAUCGUGUCCCACUCGCUGGGCUGUGUCAUCACCUAUGACAUCAUGACUGGCUGGAACCCCGUCAGGCUUUACGAGCAGUUGCUGCAGAAGGAGGAGGAGGAGCUCGAAGAGAGUUGGAUGAGUUACGAGGAGCAACGUUUACUUGAAGAACUUUACAUAACCAAACAACGGUUGAAAGAAAUAGAGGAGAGGUUACAAGGCUUAAAGGCAUCUACCAUAUCGAAAACACCUGUCUUAAAAUUUAAGGUUGAGAAUUUCUUCUGUAUGGGAUCUCCAUUAGCAGUGUUUUUGGCAUUGCGUGGCAUCCGUCCAGGAAACAGCGGUAGUCAAGAUCAUAUUCUGCCCAGAACAAUUUGUAACCGCUUACUAAAUAUUUUUCAUCCAACAGAUCCAGUGGCCUAUAGGUUAGAACCUUUAAUUCUGAAACACUACAGCAACAUUUCACCUGUCCAGAUCCACUGGUACAACACUGCAAACCCUCUACCUUAUGAGCAUAUGAAGCCAAGUUUUCUCAACCCAACAAAAGAACCUACCUCAGUAACUGAUGGCGAAAGUGCUUCAACUGUACCAAGCCCAACUACUUCACCAGUCAUGGUUCGACGCCACUAUGGAGAGUCUAUAACAAACAUAGGCAAAGCCAGUAUAUUGGGAGCUGCGAGCAUUGGGAAGGGCCUUGGAGGGAUGCUUUUUUCAAGAUUUGGUCGAUCUAGUACAACCACCUCACAGACACCUGAGGCCGGGAAAGAUGGAGCAGAGGGGGACGACAAGAGGGCCACUACUGUUGGAACGCCGCCUUUCUCACAAAGCAGCUCAGGCUUUCUCGAACCCACAUUGGAACUGGAGCACAGGAUUGAUUUCGAGCUCAGGGAAGGUCUUGUGGAGAGCAGAUACUGGUCUGCAGUCACAUCACACACUGCCUAUUGGUCAUCUCUGGAUAUUGCUCUUUUCCUUCUAACCUUCAUGUACAAGCACGACCAAGAUGAUACCGACAAAUCCAAUUUAGAUGCUAUUUGAAUUUUUGACUGGGUAUGGGGAGGGAUGGGAAAGGAAAUUUUAAAACGAAUGGCACAAAACUGAUGUCUUACUGUUAAACUGCAGUAUAUAUGGCAUGGAGGUUUCAGGUUUAAGUGCAUGUUUGGAUAUUUUCCUGUUUCUAAAGAGCAAAAAUGAUUUGUAUUUAAAAGCACUUUAUAGUUUUAAACAUUUUGCAGUGCUUAAUUAGACCUGAAAUUAUUCCAAAUUCUUGUUAACUUUGACUGUAUAAAGAGCCGAUACAAUGUGUAGCAUCACGUAAGCACAGUUGUGCAGUGUGCUUGGGUGACAUACUUGUUAAUGACCAUAAUUGCUGUUUAGUUCAUUGAAGUAUAAAAGAUAAGUUGAUUAAAAAACUAAAUUAAUUUCCAUUAACAAAAUAUACGUUCCUUACAAACCUAAAACUGCCAUGUUCUGAUGUUUUAUGUAUCAGUAAAUAACAAACGGUGGUGUCAUUUUUCUAGGACUUUAUUCAGCUCCACAUCCUAUUGUCCACAUUACCAUUGAAAGACCAUUCUGACUGCUGGCUUCUGAGAGCAUAUUAUACGUGACACAUUUAGAAACUAAUGCUGAAAAAGCAUGAAGCAAAUAUUUGAAAAACUGUAAUUAUAAUUUAUUAUCUCUUAACUGUUUCAUUUUAUUCCAGUGUAUAAAACAUUACUUUUUUACUGGUUUCUUUUGACAUAAUUUAAGAACCACAUUUAUUUUCUACAGUGUUAAGACUUUUUCUCAGAAAUACAUAUCUUUGUACUACUAUUCAAAUGAAUAUAUGGACACUGUGGCACACUUUAAGUAUUUUUUCAUUAAAAUAAAUAUUUGUGGUUUCA